GCGGCGUGCCCUGCCCGCCGGCAGCCCGCGGCCGCCCCUAGCCGCCCCUAGGUGCCGAGGCGCGGGCGGAGGGGCAGGGGCGGCGGCGGCAGCUUCUCCCUCCCCGGCAGCCCCGCAUGAGGGGAGGCGUUAAAUAGCGCUAGCGCCGCGCCGGCCGCCACUGCCAGCUCGGUGGUGGCGGGGCCGCCUCGCCGGCGGCGGCGGAGGAAACAUGGCGAGCGACUCGCCGGCGCGGAGCCUGGACGAGAUCGACCUCUCGGCGCUGCGGGAUCCUGCAGGAAUCUUCGAGUUGGUGGAGCUUGUUGGCAAUGGCACGUAUGGGCAGGUGUAUAAGGGUCGUCAUGUUAAAACAGGACAGCUUGCUGCUAUUAAGGUUAUGGACGUCACCGGGGAUGAAGAGGAAGAGAUCAAACAAGAAAUUAACAUGCUGAAGAAGUACUCUCACCACCGAAAUAUUGCUACAUAUUAUGGUGCUUUUAUUAAGAAGAACCCACCGGGAAUGGAUGAUCAGCUCUGGCUGGUGAUGGAGUUCUGCGGCGCGGGCUCCGUCACCGACCUCAUCAAGAACACAAAGGGGAACACUUUGAAGGAGGAGUGGAUUGCCUACAUCUGCAGAGAGAUUUUAAGGGGCUUGAGUCAUCUACACCAGCACAAAGUAAUUCAUCGAGACAUCAAGGGACAGAAUGUAUUGCUGACGGAAAAUGCAGAAGUUAAACUAGUGGAUUUUGGUGUCAGUGCUCAGCUGGACAGAACAGUGGGCAGGAGGAAUACCUUCAUUGGAACGCCUUACUGGAUGGCCCCUGAGGUCAUUGCUUGUGAUGAAAAUCCUGAUGCCACUUACGACUUUAAGAGUGACUUGUGGUCUCUGGGGAUAACAGCCAUAGAGAUGGCAGAAGGCGCUCCCCCUCUCUGUGACAUGCACCCCAUGAGAGCCCUCUUCCUCAUCCCCCGGAACCCAGCCCCGAGGUUGAAAUCCAAGAAGUGGUCUAAAAAGUUUCAGUCUUUCAUUGAGAGCUGCCUGGUGAAGAACCACAGCCAGAGACCGACGACGGAGCAGCUGAUGAAACACCCCUUCAUCAGAGACCAGCCCAACGAGCGGCAGGUCCGCAUCCAGCUCAAGGACCACAUUGACAGGACGAAGAAGAAGCGAGGAGAAAAAGAUGAGACAGAAUACGAGUACAGUGGAAGUGAGGAGGAGGAGGAGGAAAAUGACUCUGGAGAGCCCAGCUCCAUCCUGAACCUGCCUGGUGAGUCCACGCUGCGCCGGGACUUCCUGAGGCUGCAGCUGGCCAACAAGGAGCGCUCGGAGGCACUGCGCCGGCAGCAGCUGGAGCAGCAGCAGCGGGAGAACGAGGAGCACAAGAGGCAGCUGCUGGCCGAGCGGCAGAAGCGGAUCGAGGAGCAGAAGGAGCAGAGACGAAGGCUGGAGGAGCAGCAGCGGCGGGAGAAGGAGCUGCGCAAGCAGCAGGAGCGGGAGCAGCGGCGGCACUACGAGGAGCAGAUGAGGAGGGAGGAGGAGCGGCGGCGUGCCGAGCACGAGCAGGAGUACAUCAGGCGACAGUUAGAGGAGGAGCAGAGACAGUUAGAGAUCCUGCAGCAGCAGUUGUUGCAGGAGCAAGCACUACUUCUGGAGUAUAAGCGCAAGCAGCUGGAGGAGCAGAGGCAAGCAGAGCGGCUGCAGAGGCAGCUCCAACAGGAGCGGGACUACCUGGUGUCCCUGCAGCAGCAGCAGCAACAGCAGCGGCAGGACCAGAGACCAGCAGAGAAGAAACCACUCUACCAUUACAAAGAAGGGAUAAACGCCAGCGAGAAACCAGCGUGGGCCAAGGAGGUGGAGGAGCGCUCCCGACUCAACCGUCAGAGCUCGCCGGCGAUGCCACACAAGGUGGCCAACAGGAUUUCAGACCCCAACCUGCCUCCUCGCUCAGAGUCCUUUAGUAUUAGCAGUGUGCAGCCGGCGCGGACCCCACCCCUGCUCAGACCCGUGGACCCACAGAUUCCACAUCUGGUCACUGUGAAAUCCCAAGGAAGCUCCUUGUCUGGGUCUCAGUCACUGCAUGAACAGCCUGCAAAGGGGAUGGCUGGGUUUCAGGAGGCUCUGACGGUGACCUCUCACCGCACUGAGAUGCCAAGGCAGAACUCGGACCCCACCUCAGAAAACCCUCCUCUGCCCCCUCGCAUUGAAAAGUUUGACCGAAGUUCUUGGUUACGGCAGGAGGAAGACAUUCCACCAAAGGUGCCUCAACGAACCACUUCCAUAUCCCCGGCGCUGGCGAGGAAGAACUCCCCAGGCAAUGGCAGUGCCCUAGGACCCAGGCUGGGCUCCCAGCCCAUCCGGGCAAGCAAUCCAGACCUGAGGAGGACGGAGCCCAUCAUUGAGAGCCCUCUGCAGAGGACCAGCAGUGGCAGCUCCUCCAGCUCCAGCACGCCCAGCUCACAGCCCAGCUCCCAGGGCGGCUCCCAGCCAGGCUCCCAGGCUGGCUCCAGCGAGCGCAACAGAGUCAGAGGAAACGUCAAACCCGAAGGCUCACCCGUGCUCUCCCACGAGCCCCCUAAGAUCAAGCAGGAAGACAACCGAGAUGUGACGCGACCAAGCCGACCCGCUAGCUAUAAGAAAGCUAUAGAUGAGGGAGAAAUGGAUCUGACGGCCUUAGCCAAAGAACUGAGGGAGCUGCGCAUCGAAGAGACCAAUCGCCCUCUGAAGAAGGUGACAGACUACUCUUCCUCCAGCGAGGAGUCAGAGAGCAGCGAAGAAGAGGAGGAAGAUGGGGAAAAUGAGACACACGAUGGGACCGUGCCUGUCAGUGACAUCCCAAGGCUUAUACCAACAGGAAUUCCUGGAAGCAAUGAGCCAUACAACCUGGGAAUGGUGACAACCCACGGUCUGGAGACUUCCCAUGCAGAUACGUUUAGCAAUAUUUCAAGGGAAGGGACUUUAAUGGUGAGAGAGACCUCUGGUGAAAAAAAGCGUUCUGGCCACGCAGCCAGCAAUGGCUUUGCAGGCCACAUCAAUCUCCCUGAUCUGGUGCAGCAAAGCCACUCGCCUGCAGGCACACCGACCGAGGCCCUGGGGCGAGUCUCCACGCAUGCGCAAGACAUGGACUCGGUGCCUGAAUAUGGAAUGGGAAGUAGCACCAAAGCCUCUUUCACCCCCUUUGUGGACACCAGAGUGUAUCAGACCUCGCCUACCGAUGAAGAUGAAGAUGAGGAUGAAGAGUCAUCUGCUACUGCACUGUUCACCAGCGAGCUGCUCAGACAGGAGCAGGCCAAGCUGAACGAAGCCAGGAAGAUCUCCGUGGUGAACGUGAACCCCACCAACAUCCGUCCCCACAGUGACACCCCAGAGAUAAGGAAGUAUAAGAAGCGCUUCAACUCGGAGAUACUGUGUGCUGCUUUGUGGGGUGUAAAUCUGCUGGUGGGCACAGAAAAUGGCCUGAUGCUGCUGGACCGAAGCGGGCAAGGGAAGGUCUACAACCUGAUCAACAGACGGCGGUUCCAGCAGAUGGACGUGCUCGAGGGCUUGAAUGUCCUCGUGACAAUAUCAGGAAAGAAGAACAAGCUGCGAGUGUAUUAUCUCUCCUGGCUGAGAAACAGGAUUUUACACAACGACCCCGAAGUAGAGAAGAAGCAGGGCUGGAUCACGGUUGGGGAUCUGGAAGGCUGCAUCCACUACAAAGUUGUGAAAUACGAAAGAAUCAAGUUCCUGGUGAUUGCCUUAAAGAAUGCUGUAGAGAUCUAUGCUUGGGCUCCUAAACCAUAUCACAAGUUCAUGGCAUUUAAGUCUUUUGCAGAUCUCCAGCACAAACCGCUGCUUGUCGAUCUCACUGUAGAAGAGGGUCAGAGGCUCAAGGUUAUCUUUGGAUCACACACUGGUUUCCAUGUGAUUGAUGUAGAUUCUGGGAACUCUUACGAUAUCUAUAUACCAUCUCACAUUCAGGGCAAUAUUACUCCUCAUGCCAUUGUCAUCCUGCCUAAAACAGACGGGAUGGAGAUGCUUGUGUGCUACGAGGAUGAAGGUGUUUAUGUGAACACCUACGGACGGAUAACUAAAGAUGUGGUGCUCCAGUGGGGAGAAAUGCCUACUUCUGUGGCCUACAUUCAUUCCAAUCAAAUAAUGGGCUGGGGAGAGAAAGCUAUUGAGAUUCGGUCAGUGGAGACGGGACAUUUGGACGGAGUAUUUAUGCACAAGAGAGCUCAAAGAUUAAAGUUUCUAUGUGAAAGAAAUGAUAAGGUAUUUUUCGCGUCGGUCAGAUCCGGAGGAAGCAGCCAAGUAUUUUUCAUGACCCUCAACAGAAACUCCAUGAUGAACUGGUAACAGAAGAGCCCUUGGCACUUACCUUCGUGGCAUUAUUUCUAAUUUAAAGGACAUUAAACACGUGGACUAACACUGUAGAGGCAGAUGCGGAGGGCCCUGAGGAUCACCGCUCCCCACGCUCCCCUGCCGCCCUGGGGAGGGCUCGGCACGCACCCCGCGCGUGGCUUGGGAUAGGGAAACCACCUCUGGAGGUCUCCCGAUUACGCUGUGUUAUAGUGGGUUAUGAGGUUGUUUUCUUUCUUUCUUUCUUUCUUUCUUUCUUUUUUUUUUUUUUUUGUUUGGUUUUUUUUUUUGUUCUUCCCAGUUUUUCUUUGUCCCCUACUUUGUAAGAACGGGGAAAGAAACCGUGUCAAAAAGUCUGUUUUUAAUUCUGUCUGCCUGCUAGCAUCAAAUAUAUAGUAUGUUGUAAAGUUACCAAUUAAAUCUGGUGAGAGACAGCACAAUAAAUGUACCUUUUAUCUUUGUGAUGAAGGCCAUAACCGUAUAGCUGGGUAAUUUUAGAAGUCUUUUGCCUUCACCAACAUUUACAUGUUGCUUUUGGCAGCAACGGCUUAACAGAUUUUUAAAGAAGAGAAAAAUAAUAGGUUUUUUUCCCCUCUUUUGGGAAAUGGAUUUUAAAUGGCUAAACUACUAGCCUUAGACUAAUAAAAAUCAGCUACCAUUUUUGUCAAGUCUGUCCAUCCAUAUUUCUAUAUGGAUCUUCACAUGAUGCUGUGUCGUGAUAGGGACAGCGGUGCCGUUUGAUGCCGGCGGGAGAGGGCUGGGAUGGAGGGGGGCUGGGGGGCCUCAGGCACCCAUCCCAUGGAGGGGCAGCCGGCGUGGGGACGGGCACAGAGCGAGCCGCCCGCUGUGCUGCUGAUGGGCUUGUAAAGAGCUUAACAAUAUUUAUGUGCGUGGUUCCUUCGGCCAAGGGUCUGAAUCUAUACUCGUUUUCUGCCCCCCCACCCCCCCGUGCUCCCUACGAAUUACCCAACAUACAGUGAAAGACGACAUCUGUGCCGAAAUGUGUGUGUGUUUAGUUCGGGUUGAAUCGUGUCCUUAUAAACUCUGCUCAGUUGAUUUACGUUUCAGUGCGUAUCUGGGGUUUUCUUUCUCAGUAGCUGCAAGCAUGGCCGCUGUGGUAUUGGGGUGUCGCAUAACAAGGUCUGUGUUGCUGGUUUUAACCUACCUCGUUUCGUUUGGGUUGUUUUUUUUUCGUUUUGUUUUCGUUUUGUUCCGUUGUUUUGCUGUUGAUCACAGCACUGUUACCUCCAGCGACAUAUAGAGAGCUUAACUGGCAAUCUUGGUGUACUCAGUAACGAUGGCUUUAUUAAAAAAUGAUUAAAUCAA